UCCACCGCUGGUUCCCAGCACGACCCGGGCGGGCGCCGCUCCCGGAAGCGGAAGAUGCAGCGACUUCCGGUUCCGGAGCGGGCCGAGCGUCGUGCCCUUGGGCUGCCGCGGGGAUGGCGGCGGCGCUGCUGAGGGCCGGGGGAGCGGCCCCGCGCGCUCUCCUCAGCAGGUCGUUGCUCUGUCGCCCCACUGUCCAGGCUGUUGCCACCCACCAGAGCGCUCCCGCCCAGCAGGGACACAGCGCACCGCAGAAGGGCCACGGAGGUUCCAAGGCUGCGUCUCUGCACUGGACAGGGGAGCGAGCUGUCAGCGUCCUCCUGCUGGGUCUCCUGCCGGCAGCCUACCUGUACCCUGGCCCCGCCAUGGACUAUUCCCUGGCUGCAGCCCUCACUGUGCAUGGACACUGGGGCCUCGGACAGGUGAUAACUGACUAUGUGCAUGGAGAGACACCCAUUAAAGUGGCCAACACGGGGCUGUACGUGCUGUCAGCCGUUACCUUCGCUGGCCUCUGCUACUUCAACUACCACGAUGUUGGCAUCUGCAAGGCCGUUGCCAUGCUCUGGAGCCUCUGAGAGCGGCCGAGUCCCUGGCAAACACCGUUAUCCGCCGCUGCCUCUGCUUCAUCGUUACCAACUUGUUUAAUGCAAAACGAAUCAAUAACCAUGGGUUCAUAGUGAGUACGUCUUGCAGCAAGCUCAGAGCUGUCUUUUAGAAAUGAGCAGCAACCAGCAGUGUAAAUGUUAGUAAGGAAGAAGUAGAUUUAAAGAGGGUAACGUCCAGGUGAGAGGGAAUUGAUUUAAGCUGCACUGUAAAUUGGGAGGAAUUAAUGGCCUCGCUGACAGACUUACGUAGCUGAAGGUCACUUUCCUGGAAUGGCGGCUUUAGUGAGUGUUUCUCUAAAAUAACUGUUGUUUAGUUUCCUAUUUUGUAAAACAAACUUGACUUGCAGAAAAUGGGACUCUUAUUUUUGACAUCGCAACAACUGAGCUGAACGCACGGCACCCUGUAACGCUUUGGACCCUGAGAACUGAUGUAAAAAAGGGAAUACUUUUUUCUUAAUCCAUACAAUAAAGAAUUUACAGAAAUUG